AUGGCGAGUGUACUUGCGACCAAUUUGCUUGUUUUUAUUCCACCUAUUCUUGGAGUCCUCUGGGCCUUCAAGGAGGUAACCCAUGUUAGCCUUAUCAAGUUGACUGGUCCUCCUUCCGGUAUCCAAGCUUCUUUGAUGGGCAAUGGACAGAAGGUUGAUGUCCCGAAGAUCCUAGAACGCAUGAGAGACAUUUCGUCGCAUAUUGCGGAAGGUGCCAAUGCGUUCCUAAUUUCCGAGUAUAAGUAUAUGCUUGUCUACGUUGUUGUCUUCUCGAUCAUCAUCGGACCUAGCAUCGGUCUCGGUACCAUGAUCGCUUUCAUAGUGGGCUCUCUCACCUCUAUAGCGUGUGGUUACAUCGGUAUGAGGACGGCUGUGUACUGCAACGUUCGCACUUCUCACGAAUCUUGGAAGAACAUUUCCGCUGGUUACGAUGUUGCUAUUCGUGGUGGCUCUGUCAUGGGAUUUGCCCUCGUCUCCUUGGGUGUUUUCAACCUUUUCAUUUUGGCUCUGAUAUACUCCAAGUUCUAUGGCGAUGACGUCAACGGUCUUUACGAGGCUCUUACCGGUUAUGGUUUGGGUGGUUCCUCUAUUGCUCUCUUUGGUCGUGUUGGUGGUGGUAUUUACACCAAGGCUGCCGAUGUUGGUGCCGAUCUUUCUGGUAAGAAUGAGUACGGCCUCGAUGAGGAUGAUCCGAGGAACCCCGGCUGUAUCGCCGAUAACGUUGGAGAUAACGUUGGUGAUAUCGCCGGUAUGGGCGCUGAUUUGUUCGGUUCUUUCGCCGAGUCUACUUGUGCUGCCAUGGUCAUCUGCUCUGCUGCCCCUGAGGUGGCCGUCCACGGAAGUUGGUCAUCAAUGAUGUUCCCUCUGCUUCUCUCGUCUGCCGGUAUAAUCGUUGGUAUUGUGACUAUGAUGUGCGUUGAUGCCUUUUACAAAGUUCAGAGAUAA